AUGACGAGGAGAAUUACAAAGUCUGAAAUAUCUUCCACCAGUAAAUAUCUUCAGGUAAAGGAAAUGGAUUCUUCUGCUGGGAAGAGAUCAGCAGCUAAACUUAUAUCGCCAGCUGUAAAAAAUGCAAGUAAAUUCGCUACAAUAAUGGACGAUUGGGAGACAUUAAUUUCUCAGUCUUAUAUAUCUGAAUCACAAGAGAAAUUGAUCCUGAAUAAGAAAUCGAAAGAUGAUGCGGAUUGUGAAACUUCGAUUCAUGAAAUGGACAAUGUAACAUUUCCUCUUCCUCAUGAAGCAACUAAAAAUGAUCAAGUUGAAGCUGAUAAACUUCUUCAAAUCAACACAAACAAUCAAAUAUUCGUCACGUGGCUACAUCCUCGAAUUGCUUUUCACAAAAAUUCUCUGCAUGUGUCAAAAGUUUCAUCACAAAAUACAACUCGGUUUUCAAAGAUCUCGAGAGUGAAAGCUCAUCACCGAAUGAAUAAAGAUUUUACUCGAACACUUUCAACUUGUUGA